CCUGAGUGGUUCAUUCCCUGGUACGAAUUGAUCGUUGACGAGUGGAAUUGUCUCGGCGAAGGUGGCUUUGGAAGCGUGAAUCGAGCCAAGUGGCUGGACUCGGAUGUGGUGGUGAAACGAAUCGACGACACUAAGCGUGCAGAAGCCUUGACGAUGUUCCGCCGCGAAGUCGAAAUUUGGCUCGGCUUUAGUCACCCUCACGUCGUUCGUUUGUUCGGUGCGUGUCACGUUGGAAGACCCUUCUUCGUGUGUGAAUAUGCCACGAACGGAACCCUGGUCAGCUACUUGCGAAAACACCCCAGUGAUCUGUGGCCGAAGCUGUACGAGGCGGCGUUAGGUGUGCAGUACCUCCACGCUCGAAACGUGGUCCAUGGAGACCUGAAGGGCAACAACGUCGUGGUCGGAAGCGACUUAAAGGCGAAGGUGACGGACUUUGGCCUCAGUUCAGCCGCAAGCAGUGAGCAGGAGAUGUUGGUGUUGGGGGCAUGGAACUGGGUGGCCCCGGAGCUACUCGAUACCAACAAGCGUCCAACCUUAGCAUCGGACAUCUAUUCGUUGGGCAUGUGCGUUGUGGAAGCGCUGCGAGUGGUGGGGGCUGUGGGAUCUGGCAAGACGGCGGGGCAUUGUCUACCGUGGCGUGUUGCUGACAAGGCCGCCGUGAAAUAUCACGCCACUCGCGGCAAGUUGCCUUCCCGACCUACGAUCUGUAAGGAUGAUGAGUGGGAGCUGGUCAAACGAAUGUGCGUGCUGGAGCCCGGUAAGCGGGUCAAGAUCUCUACCGUUGUCGACGAACUCGCGAGGCUGGCC